AUGCUGGAGAAGACGGUUUCCUCUCUCCCCCCGAACUCGGCUCCCGCCUCGCUCCCGCCUCCCCUCUCUGCCGCCUCGCGACGCUCCUCUCCUUCUCUUCAGACGACGCCCGAAACCGAGACGCACAGCCACUCGCCGUCCUCUUCCUCCUCGCCCUCUUCCUCGUCGCUCUCCUCGGCCUCCCCUUCUUCCUCUUCCUUGUCGCUCCCUUCUUCCUCUUCGUCCUCUCCUUCCUCUUCUUCUGCCUCGCCUUCCUCCCACGGCGUCCAGGAUGGGUCUCGAGGGUUGUUGUGGUCACGGGCGAUGGGCGACGGGCCAAUCAUCACGCAGACGACCCCGUAUUUGUUUGGAGUGACAAAUCCAGUGAACAUGAAGUUGCCGCAGGACGCGGACAUCCACCGGAGCAACGAAUUGAUCAGCGUCUUGCGCGCGCUGAAUCUGUACGAGACCGCGGCGGGCAAUCUCCUGCGCGAGCGCGUGUUGAACGAGUUGAAUCGGAUCGUCGUCGAGUGGGUUGUCGAGGUCGGCAUGGAGCAAGGCCUGGACGAACAGGAAGCGCGCCAAGCCGGCGGAAAGAUCUUCACCUUUGGAAGCUACAGACUCGGAGUCACGACGCCCGGCAGUGACAUCGACACGCUCUGCGUGACGCCCCGCCACGUAACCCGCGAGGCGUUCUUCAAAAUCCUCCACGCCAAGCUCCAGCAAGAUGCCCGCGUGAGCAAACUAACGCCCGUCCCGGACGCGUACACGCCCGUGCUCAAGUUCAACUUUGACGGAGUGGAGAUCGACUUACUCUUUGCGCGCCUCCCCCUGCCGGUGAUUCCGAGCUCCUGGAACUCGCUCGAGAACGACUUUGUUCUGCGCCACGUCGACGAGAAGACUGCGCGCAGCGUGAACGGAUCGCGCGUCGCAGACCUCGUCCUCAAACUCGUCCCCAACAAGGAGACAUUCAAAGUUACCCUCCGCUUCGUCAAACACUGGGCAAAGGUGCGCGGGAUCUACAGCAACGUUCUCGGGUACUUGGGCGGGAUCAGUUGGGCGAUCCUCGUCGCGCGGUGUUGCCAGCUUUAUCCGAACUUCGCCCCGAGUCAACUCAUCCACCGAUUCUUCACAGUCUACAGCAUCUGGAAAUGGAAAAACAGUCCCGUGCUCCUCUGCAAAAUCAAAGAACACACCGUCGAAGGCCUCUCAAACUUCAAAAUCUGGAACCCGAAAGUCAACGUCCAGGACCGACACCACCUGCUUCCAAUCAUUACUCCUGCGUUCCCGUCGAUGAACAGCACGCACAACGUCAGCUUGUCGACCAAGCGCGUGAUCACUGACGAGUUUGCGAAUGCGAAGCGCAUUUUCGACGUCUGGGAUAAGAAAAAAGAAAUCUCCUGGACCGAGGCGCUGCAUCUCGUGUUGAAGCCUCUCGACUUCACCUCCUUCAAACACUUUCUCGAACUGCAAAUAUUUGCGCAAAAUGAAACGGUCCACCGCAAGUGGCUCGGCUGGGUCGAAUCGAAAGUGCGCUUCCUCGUUCGACAGCUGGAGAGGCUCGCCGCGUGCCCGCCGUUCGCAGCGGGCGGGCACACGCCCAAGUCGGAAGCGGCCAUGACCGUGCGACCGAUCCCGUGCACCUUCUCGUUUCAGGAACCUGGAUGGGAAUAUGCAUCCUCGAUGCUGGUCGCGCUCAACUUUGCUCAGCAGCCUUGCGUCAUCGAUCUGCGCCCGGCAGCUGGGGAGUUCGUCGACCUCAUCAACCAAUGGCCUGAGCGAGCGCAGCUCGAAGGUCAAAUUCAACUGCGCGUGAAACAUGUUCGUCGCUCCCAGUUGCCUGCCUACGUUCUCAAACAAAAGCCAACUGCUACUCCCAUCAGCCCCGUUCCUGCUUCUUCGUCGCCGUCCUUGUCCUCUUCUUCGGAUUCCUUGUGUGGAGAUGCGGCAGUUUGCGAGGGACGAGAGAAGCGAGCGAAGGAGGCUUCGACGGCCGGCGGCGACGAGGGCGACGGCCAGCUGAAGCGACUCCGCAUGCGGGAAGCGGGCGAACCGCGUGCAUGUGGCGAAACUGGGACGAAGGACAGCCCCGGAGCAUGCGGAGCCUCUGGCGCGUCUGCUACGUGA